AUGAAAGAAGGGAUGUUGUUGAACAGUGUCACAGAAUUCAUCCUCCUGGGCUUGACUCAUGAUCCAGAUCUGCAGAAACUCUUAUUUAUUGUAUGCUUAGUAAUCUAUUUGAUCACACUGGCAGGUAACACACUCAUCUCAGUCACCAUCUUCACCAGCCCAGCCCUGGCUACUCCCAUGUACUUUUUUCUGUCCUACUUGUCCAUUAUAGAUGGUUUCUACUCUUCUUCCAUAGCACCCAAAAUGAUCUAUGACUUGAUCUCUGAGAGAAGCAGCAUAUCCUUCAAUGGCUGCAUGACUCAGCUUUUGACUGAGCAUUUUUUCACUGCAGCUGAAAUCAUCUUGCUGAUUUCCAUGGCCUCUGAUCGCUAUGUAGCCAUCUGCAAGCCCUUGCAUUACAUAACCAUCAUGAGCCGACCUGUGUGUAUAUUCCUGGUGAGGUCUGCUAUAAUCCUGGGAUUCAUCCAUGGAGGAAUACAGAUUUUAUUUAUGGCCCAAUUACCAUUCUGUGGCCCAAAUAUCAUUGACCACUUUAUGUGUGAUUUAGUACCACUCCUCGAGUUGGCCUGCACUGACACUCACACUCUUGGGCCUCUGAUUGAUGCAAACAGUGGGUCACUCUGUUUGCUCAUUUUCUCUAUGUUGGCUGUUUCCUAUAUAGCCGUCCUUCACUCCCCGAGGAAUCACAGUUCAGAAGGUCGUCGCAAGGCCCUGUCUACCUGUGCUUCUCAUGUAACUGUCAUUGUCUUAUUUUUUGUACCUUGCUCAUACCUGUACCUGAGGCCUAUGACUUCCUUCCCCAAUGACAAAGCUGUGACUGUAUUUUGUACCCUGUUAACACCUAUGCUGAACCCUUUAAUCUAUACCCUCAGAAAUGAGGAGGUCAAAAAGGUUAUGAAGAAGCUCUGGGGUCAAAUGUGCAAAGCUAGCAAUACAUAAACCUGGGGAUUUGUGUGUUUAAAAAUAACUAGAGCUGUUUUAUGGACACUUGUUCUCCUUCUUAAAUGAGUAAAAUGAUGACAGUGAAUUAUAUUCUAUCUCCACUAAAUUUUCAUUGAAUAGUAAGUAU